UAUAUACAUUUAAAAUUUAAAGUACACUUUAAAAAUAACAGCUGAUAUUUACAGCUCUUCGCAAUGACUACUGCUAUUAACAGCAAUUUAUUGUCAGAGUACUGGAAGCAACUAACAGCUCACUGUUAAUUUUUUCGUUUUGUCGCUCGUGCAGCAUCUACGAUUUUCGAUAACAGAAUGCAAAUUACUUAUUUUCACGACAGUAAUGUGAGCAACAAAUUACCGUUAUUACUGUUAACCUGUCAACUGUUAGUUUUAAAUGGAAAAGCUGUUAAUCGCACCUACAGCGGCUGCGCACGCUUUGGCUUUAACCCAUUCGUGAGCGAGGAAGUGAUAUCGCGCUGUUUUAGCUAACAGCAUAACAGUCGGGCGGGUUGUUGUAUCAUUGGUAGUUGUUUGGUUUCGGUUUCGACUUCGGAAAAAUGUUAAGCGGAACGUCAGCGGCGCAUCCAGCCAGCGCGACGCUGCUCAAUACGGCUGAGCUAAUUUUUCAAAUACUCAUACCUCCACUUCUUGAAGCUUUUGUGCUGUCGCUAUGUAUUUUGCAUUGAUUUUUUUUUAUGUUCACAAUUUUAUUUUUUAUUUUUUUCUUCUGCUUAUCGCCGUCCAUUACUACUCGAUUUACUGCGCUGUUUUCGGCAUGUUAUUUAUUCUGCUAUAGUGGCAUGCCUAUUGUGCAUAUUGUAUUUACUAUUGUUAUUGUUGGUGUUGCUUUUCUGCUACCUGUUGACUGCUUGCGCGUUUGCGACUUCAGUUUCGCCGAUUUAAGUUUUUACUGAAACAUUUCUUACGGCGAUCAGUCACAAUUCAGCGUGCGGUGGUUAAGGCUGCUCUUCAGAGCGCAAGCAAUCGAACAAUACUCAAAUCGUGAAAAAUCUAUUGAAUACAAAUUGGUAAUUGAAAAAGCCAUAAGCAAAAAUUUACGCCUUAAAGCAAGUGUUUUGGCAAGAGGAAAUAAAUCGAUUUCGAACUUACUUAAGAAAAUCGCAAAGUGUUUUUAACGCUUGUCAUCGAGUUCUUUCGCGUGAUUUCGCCUCAAAGCGCAGUGUAUUGCCAAACUAUAUGACAUAGAGCACCGUAUGAGAGCAAAGCUAUCGAAUCAACGCAAAUUUUUUUUUGACAAUAUUUCCAAUUUUUACAACAAACGCAAAUUCAUACGGCACGUAGUCGGAACUUUGAGAAACACGUUUUUUUUCCUUUUCGCCAAAGGUUCCACCAAAAUAAAAUCGCAAAACAAACUAAGCAGUAAAAUAAAAGAAAACUUGGAAAAACAAUUCGCUUAUAUCAUAUCCUCUCUGGUCGUCGACUGUUAACGAGCGCUGCUUGCCUAUUAGUGAGAUCAUCUAUUGACCGUUACAAUAGUGUCGCUUUGACUUUAAUUCGCCUUUAUACUACUACAUCCCGCCGUUUUGUAAACAAUCACAUUGGCGCCGCCGACAAAUCUCAAUCACACGAUGGCUGUCAUCACUGAUCAUGGCAGCAGCACUGAAGAGUUGGCGCUCACAGAUCAAAAUGAGAAGAAUCUUAAGAAUAUCGGUACAGUGCCGGAGUUCUUUGCGCAUAAGAACAUUUUCAUCACUGGCGGUACCGGCUUUCUGGGCACAGUGCUGAUUGCAGAACUGCUGGAUACACACCCCGACAUUGGCACAAUAUAUGUACUGGUUAGAGGAAAGCGCAAGUUCGAUCCCAAUGAGCGUAUAAGUCGUUUGCUGGAGAAGACGAUCUUCCAAAAGUUCAAUGAGAAGUCACUCGCUAAAGUCGUACCCGUUGUUGGCGAGUUGAGUGAAGUGGAUUUCGGCUUCAACGAGGCUGUAUUAAACGAACUUAUCGAUAAGGUGAAUGUGAUCUAUCAUAGUGCGGCCACAAUCAAAUUCAAUUCACCACUACGUACGGCUAUCAAGACCAAUUUAACCGGCACAAUGCGCACAAUUGAACUGGCAAAGAAAUUGAAAAACCUCUCCGCCUAUGUUUAUCUCUCCACCGCUUUUUGCAAUAGCAACAAUCGCGGCCUAAUUGUCGAAGAAGUCUACAAAUCACAAUUUGAUCCAUACGAUAUGAUGAAAAUGGCUGAGGAUGAUGCUAAAUGGGAAGAUUUCACAGAUGAAAAAUGUAAAGAGAUCAUACGUGAUCAUCCCAAUACAUAUACAUUCACAAAGAAUUUAUCGGAGAAUUUAUUAAUGGCAGAGAUGUCGGGAUUUCCGACGGCGAUUGUGCGGCCAUCGAUUAUUUACGGCACCUGGGAGCACCCGUUGAAAGGCUGGGUCGGCAAUGCGAAUUCCGGUCAUCUCGGCUUUUUGGCCGGUUUCGUGAAGGGUAUCUUCCGCACUAUGUCCGGUCGUGCUGCCUCUGUCCUCGAUAUUAUACCAUGCGAUUUUGUGAUAAAUUCUUCAAUAGUUAUGGGCUGGUAUGCGGGCACAUAUCCAUUAAAGCAACCCGAAGUGAUACACUGUACAUCGGGCGAAGUAAACCCGCUAACACUACGUGAAUUUGGUGUUAUUAUUAAUGAGAGCGUGAAACGGCAUCCACCCAAUAAUUUUGUUUGGAAGCCAAGUGCAAAAUUGCGCAACGGUUGGCGUUACAAUGUCUUCUUUUAUCUCUUUCACGUAUUGCCCGCGCUCGCUUAUACCAUACCGGAGAAACUGUUCGGUAUUGGCAUGCCACAACAUACCGCCCUCGAAUAUAUGCGCGUCUUCCACAAGGGCACCAAAGCGUUCGACUAUUUUCUGGGCAAAGAUUUUCGCUAUUCAUUAAAGAAUGCUUUGCGCAUAAUGACGCUGAUGCAUGAGAGUGACAAAAAGCGUUAUAACUUCGAUGCUAGUACGUGCGACUGGUCCGAGUUCAUAGAUCGCUGUUUGAUCGGUUUGCGACGUUUCUACUUUAAGGAGUCGGCCGAAACCACCGACUGGCAUCGCAUGUAUUGGAAAGUUUUCAACAUCAUACACUACCUUGGCUUCUUGGUGCUCUUCCUCUUUAUCUUCGGCAUUUGCGCAUUUCUCUUCGGCCUAACCAUUGGACUGGCAUUAGCGCUGGCCAUUUGGGGUUUCCUGGUGUGGUUGUGAAUAAAAGGAGUGCAAUUUAGUCGAGCAGAAACCGCAAGCUCUUAUUUUACACACUACAAGCGAAGAAUAUUGCACUUCUUUGUUUAGGUGAAUUUUCCAAAGCCUUGUAUUUUUUAUAACAUUAUAAAUCACGUCUUAAAAGUCGUGCACUAUAUACCUAAAUAUUUGUGGGCGUCUAUUGUAGUUUAAUUGUUAAUUUUAAUGGUUUUAACUAAUGAUAACAAAAUAGUUAUGAGUACAAGUCAUUGCUAGAAGUCAAGGGAAGCAAGCAAUUUGCUUAGCAACACACAUAUAAAGAUAAAAUUUAACUAAAAAGUGUAUAUAUAAUAUGUAAACAUGGUAUAAAAAAACUUAUUUCAACUACUUUUGUUUCUUAAGUACAAAAGUUAUAGUAAAGCAAACGAAUUACUCUUAAGACCACACACAAUAAAAGAUAUUUUCUUAAAAUGUA